CAACUGACACACACACUAAGAAAGAGAAAAACAGACACAAACAUUGCAUAGUUCAAACACUAUUCAAUACUCAUGUUUUUUGUUUUUCCUUUUUUCACAUUCUCUAGUUAAUGUUGUUGUUCUCACUCACUCACCUUCUUCUCUUUCUCUCUCUAUGCUCUUCUGUCACCCACCACUACUCUCUUUAAUUCCCUUUGAAACCGUUGAACGUUUUUCAACUUUCACCACAUCUUCAUGAAAGAUAUACACCACUUGAUCACAAUCACAAUUCACAAUAUACACUUUUGAGUUUUCAUUCUCUCUCUUCAUAUAUUAUCUAUAGGUGCUAAAGUUUUUCUGGUUAAAGAUUCUGAAAAGACUUGAAUUUAAAUGCAUGGAUCGAGGCGACCAAAUGGCGGCAUUAUCGGGUUCUGCGUCGUACUAUAUGCCGAGAGGAAUACCUGGUUCUGGAAACCAGCACGAGUUGCUUAGUUCGGCCGGUAUUCGUCAACUAUCGAAUGCCAACAAUUCACCGUUUCAAUCAAGUAUUGGUGGUGGCGGUGGUGGUGGAGGUACUAUUGGAUCUACAAUGCCGAUGGAUUCUUCUGGAAUUUCAUCCCAAAGUAUCAAUGUAGGCGGUCCUUCCGGGGGAGCAGCUUCAACUGGUGAGCCUGGCAAAAGGAAGCGGGGUAGACCGAGAAAAUACGGGGCUGAUGGAAGUGUUUCGUUGGCAUUGACUCCAACAACACCAGCAAGUCAGCCUGGAUCUGGAUCUGGAUCGCAAGGUCAGAAACGCGGUCGAGGCCGCCCGCCAGGGUCAGGAAAGAAACAACAGCUGGCUUCUGUUGGAGGUUUGAUCUCUAGUUCAGCUGGGAACGGAUUCGCGCCUCAUGUCAUCAACAUUGCGAUCGGAGAAGACAUCGCAACGAAAAUUCUGGCAUUUUCUCAGCAGGGACCUAGAGCAAUAUUUGUUAUGUCUGCCAACGGUGCUGUCUCUACCGUGACGCUUUGCCAGCCUUCGACAUCUGGGGGAUCCGUCACAUAUGAGGGGCGUUUUGAGAUACUAAGCCUGACAGGCUCUUACUUGGUUGCUGAUAACAACGGCUUGCGAAAUCGAACUGGUUCAUUAAGUGUUACUCUUGCAAGUCCUGACGGUCGUGUCAUUGGUGGAGGCGUCGGUGGUCUUCUCAUCGCCGCAAGUCCAGUUCAGGUGAUAGUCGGAAGCUUUAUGUGGGGCGGACAAAAGCCAAAGAACAAGAAGAACGAAGAUUCGGAAAAUCAAGAAGUUGGCAUCGAGCAAGACCAUCAUCACCAUCACGGAGUUCAUAAUCCGGUUGCAGUGAACAGCAUUUCACCAAACCAGAACCUGACUCCGAGUUCUCUGAAUUCUUGGCCUGCAUCGCGUCCAUUGGAUAUGCGUAACUCCCAUAUGGACAUUGAUUUGAUGCGCGGGUGAUAAUCUAUUUUUAUUAGCAUACACACCAACCAGUGCUUGGUAAAUAUUUAAGAUUUUCAUGGUCACUCAUCUAGUUUUCAUGCAGUAGUGAUGACAGUGGCAACUAGAGUAGAAAAAGCUUUCUGACUUAUGGAUUUUGAUUAUUGUGACCUGUGAUCGAUUGAUUGACUUUAGGGGGGUGCAUGCACUCAUUUUUUUGUUGUGAUGAAUUUUAAUUUGAAGAUUUCGGUUUUCUUGAUUA